CCUCUACCAACAUCAAAUCAUCAGGAAUGUCCAACGUCUACUUCGACAUCGCCAUCAACGAUGCCCCAGCCGGGAGGAUCACCUUCAAGCUUUACGACGAUGUCGUCCCCAAAACCGCGAAAAACUUCCGCGAACUCGCCACUGGCCAGCACGGAUACGGUUAUCAGGGGUCUUCCUUCCACCGUAUCAUCCCCAACUUCAUGCUUCAGGGUGGUGACUUCACCAAGCACAACGGCACUGGUGGGAAGUCUAUCUAUGGCGAGAAAUUUGCUGACGAGAACUUCCAGUUGAAGCACACCAAGCCCGGCAUCCUGUCUAUGGCCAAUGCUGGAAAGAAUACCAACGGCUCCCAGUUCUUCAUCACCACUGUCGUGACCAACUGGCUCGAUGGCGCUCACGUCGUCUUCGGUGAAGUUCUCGAGGGCUUCGAGUUGGUCAAGAAGAUUGAGGGCCUCGGCUCCCAGUCUGGCUCGCCCAAGGCCAAGGUCACCAUCGCUCAGUCUGGCACCGUCUAAGCACGCGCCUGCAAUAGCUUUGCAGACCUUCUUGAUCGGUAUCGGCUGUACCGUGCAGAUGUUUUUAUUACUAUGUGGGGAGAAAAGAGAGAAUCGGAAGAAGCUUUGCUCGUGUACAAGUAGAGUGGAGGUCUAUAGUUGACGGUGGACGUUUGUCAAUGAAUUGUGUAGUCUCGUUAGACGCAAUCAUGCUUCGGGAAUC